AAAUGGUUCUUUAGAAUGGCCAAGCUAUAAAUAUUUAUGGCGUUCGCUUGGAAAUUCUCCUAUGCCUAACCACCAUUGUACGAGGGUAAAGAAACAAGUGACUAUCGCCAAACACGCUGAUCGCACAACACAUUUCAACUUGAAUUGUACGACAUUGCUAUUGGUACAGUAAAUUAUUCAAUCGUAAAUACGCUUACCUUAGAAUCAUAGAGAACUUUUGCCUUGGUGGGAUCCGGUUCGUAGCACAGAACCCUUUCUCCUUCGGAGAAUUUAAAUUUCACUCCUCGCGUCGACACCAUCCUCCAUAACAAAACAACUGUAUGAGAAAAUACAAAUUCAUAAUGCCGCUACGAGAGAAUCUGGGUAGUAGAGUUAACCUCAUUUAAAGGCCAUGCAGGAAUGAUAACACUGACAUCUAAAUAAAAAGGAAAUUAUUAAAUAUUUACUUCGAAUCGCUAUUUUCCAUCCUAUAUUCGCCAAAUCCGUUCAAGUCCGAAGAAAAAAGGAGUCCAACCGAAGAAAGAAAACGUACAGAAUGACAGUUGGAGGAAGCGGGACUCUACUGAAGAAGAAUGCUGCAUAUCCACCGAAUGUCCGGUGCCAGAAGUGUUUGGAGUACGGGCAUUGGACAUAUCAGUGUCAAGGGAAAAGAAAAUAUCUGCAUCGGUCCUCUAGAACUUCUCAGCUGAAGAAACGAUUGAAACUGAGGGAAGCAGGACAGUCACAACAGCAGCAGCAGCUCCAGCAGCAGCAGGCGGCGGCGGCGGGCAAGGGCAAAGGCAAAGGCAAGGGCAAGAAGAAGAAGCAGCACGCGCGCGCGGAGGGCGGCGGCGCCUCGAGCGACAGCGACGACUCUGGCUCCUCCUCCAGCAGCUCCUCCUCCUCCUCGUCGUCCAGCUCCUCCUCCAGCAGCUCCUCCGACUCGUCCAGCGACGACGAGGACGACGACGACUCGUCCUCGUCCAGCAGCGACUCUUCGUCCAGCUCGGACGACGCGUCCAGCGACUCCAGCUCCAGCAGCUCGAGCUCGUCGACGGCGGCGGCGGACAGCGAC